AUGUCCCCGCAGAAGCAGGUUCAACAAGAGACCGUGGCUGUCCCCUGGGAGAUUCAUGGCCCGGAAAAGGAAAUCAAAGGAGUGGCCAGGGGCCAAACACACGCCGUGGUCCAGUGCAGGCCGCCUGAGGAGUUCAGCUUCGGGCCCCGGGCCCUGAAGGAUGCCCUGAUCUCCUGCGAUCUGGCUCUGCAGCAGCUCUAUACCUCAGCCUUCACGCUGUCGGAGAGGCUCUUCCUGUCCGAAGCCUACAACCCUCACCGGACUCUCUUCAGCACACUGCUCAUUCACUCAGCCUUUGACUGGCUCCUGAGCCGCCCCGAGGCCCCUGAGGAUUUCGAGACCUUUCAUGCUUCUCUGCAGCUCCGGAAGCAGAGCGUGGCCCGGAAACACAUUUACCUGCAGCCCAUAGAUCUGAGUGAGGGGCUGGCAGGAUGCCCCCUGCUGGACCACCUUCAGAGCUGCGCAGAGGCGUUCUUCCUGGGCCUCCGAGUUAAGUGCCUGCCCUCAGUGGCUGCUGCCUCCAUUAACUGCUGCUCAAGACCCAGUCGGGACACUGAUGGGCUCCAGCUUCACACAGAUGGCAUCUUGUCCUUCUUGAAGAACAACAAGCCGGGGGAUGCACUGUGCGUGCUGGGCCUCACGCUGGCCGACCUGUACCCCCACGAUGCCUGGACCUUCACCUUUGGCAGAUUUCUUCCCGAGCAUGAAGUGGGUGUGUGUAGCUUCGCUCGUUUCUCUGGGGAGUUCCUGCAGGCCGGGCCCAGUGUUCCUGACCCAGCUUUGCUGGAGGCAUCAGCAGCAGGUGGCCCUGAGACGCUGCCACAUGAGGGAGGACAGACCCUGUGCUUCAGCGCCCUGGGCAUGGUUCAGUGUUGCAAGGUCACCUGCCAUGAGCUUUGCCACCUCCUGGGCCUGGGGAGUUGUCGCUGGCUCCGCUGCCUCCUGCAGGGGGCGCUUAGCCUGGAUGAGGCACUCCGGCGGCCCCUGGACCUCUGUCCCAUCUGCUUGAGGAAACUGCACCAUCUCCUGGGCUUCAGGCUCCUGGAGAGGUACAAGAGACUCCACACAUGGACUCGAGUGAUGGAGGAGUUGUGGUCUGGUCAAGAAGUUGGGGAGCCAUCUGUGUCAGAGGACACCUUACCCUUCAGUGCUGACUCGGGCAUGGGCUGCGAGAGUGACACGGAGCCUGUCACCAGCCCGUCAGAGCCCGUCACCCCUGAUGCGUGGAGUCAUACCUUCCCUGAUGGGCCUGAGCCAGUGUCUGAGGAUGGACUGAGUUCCCUCGUGGCCUCAGAAGUGUUGUUGAGACUUGGGGGGCCUGUGGACGCCAUGGAGGAAUACAGACAGUGGCUGGACGCAUGUAUCCAGGCCCUGGAGAGGGAGGUGGCUGAGGAGGAGCUGGUCCAGGUGGAUGCGGCUGUGGAUGCCCUGGGCCGGUGGGAGAUGUUCACAGGGCAGCUUCCAGUGACCAAGCAGCACGUGCCCUGUGGCAAGGAUAACGUGGGACUUCGCAGGGUCCUGGGGGACAAGUUCUCUUCUCUGAGGCGGCGGCUGAGCUCCCGGAGACUUGCCAAGGCCAGUUCUUCUCACUGCCGCUGGGGGGCAGAGAAUUAAUACAUCAGGAUGGACCAUCCAAUGCGGAGAAGUCAGUUCCUGGCAUUUUUUUUCCCCUGAGGAUACUAACCAACCGUGGGUGCCCGGUGAUUGAGGGUACUCUGGUCUCUGCAGGGUUAAAACAAAGGUUCCCCAGAAGCUAAAGAAAUGCUCCUUGGGUGCUUGACCACCGGGUCCCCAUGUCGUGUGGCCUGCAGCCACAGUUGAGAGGCAGGUUGCAUAUGUUUACUUCUUCCCUGCGGGAGGGCGUUUGGUCUGUCUAGUUACGCACAGCUGGAGCUCUGGGCCACCCUGCAGCAUGGACUAUGUGGCUGUGUAUGUACGUUUGUAUCUCUGUGUGUCUGUACACGUGAGUGUAGUUGCCCACAGAGGCCAGAAGAGGGCGUCAGACCCCUAGCUGUCAUUACAGGAAGUUGUAAGGCACCCGAUGUGGGUGUUUGCAGUUGAACUCAGGUUCUCUGCAAGUGCAGCACGCACUUUUAAUGUCUGAGAUAUCUCUCCAGCACCAUUUUAUUUUGGCCUCUGUCACUCACAUGGGGUUCUUUCCUGUGGCCAGAAUGACUUUUUGCUCACCAGGGCUGGCACGGGUGUCAUUGAGAAGCUCCUGGAGAAAUUUGUGCCCUGUGCGGCUGGCAGAACUGAGGGUGAUGGGGUUGGCCGUGGAAGGCAGAGGCCACUUCUCCAACCCUGGGGCUGCUGCCACCAGUUAGGCCAGUGUGGUGGUUGGGGUUCAGCUCUUUGUCUUUGAUGACAUUUUUCCUGUCUCUGUCUACACAAACUCCUGACAUAGGAUGUUAAAAUAAUCUAUCCAUAGCUGUGCUGUUUUCUACCUUU